AUGGUCAAUCCUCGUACUCCCGGCUCUCUUACGAGAAAAAUCCGCAUCACCGUCGUUGCCGCAGACGGCCUCGCCAAGCGCGAUGUGUUCCGUCUCCCCGAUCCUUUCGCCAUUGUCACCGUCGAUGGAGAGCAGACCCACUCUACUUCCGUCAUCAAAAAGACACUCAACCCAUACUGGAACGACAGCUUCGAUGUCAACGUGGCCGACUCCUCCGUCAUUGCUGUUCAGAUCUUUGACCAGAAGAAGUUCAAGAAGCGCGAUCAAGGCUUCCUCGGUGUCAUCAACAUUCGUGUUGCCGACGUCCUUGACCUCGAGCUUGGCGGCAAGCGUCUGCUCAACAAGGAGCUGAAAAAGUCGAACGACAACCUUGUCGUGCAUGGCAAGCUCAUCAUCGACCUCAACACCAAUGUCUCGACACCCAUCAACAACAACUCUUCCGCAGGCCCCACCAACUUGCUUGUGCCCGGCACCUCCAACGCUUCGUCUGCCUCGCUCGCUACGCCAGCCUCGUCCAUCGCUACACGCCCCGAUACUCGCCCUUCCACUUUCGCCAGCGGUGCUGCUACCCCCGUAGCCGCCACGGCUGCAUCAUCCACUACAGGCGGUGAUGCAUCCAGCCGACCCACAUCCACAGUCGAUCCCGCAUCUUCUGCCGCAUCUGGAUCCGAAGCAGGUGCUUCGACGGCUGCAACUUCAGCCUCGACAGGCGGCACAAGCGAGGCCAGGUCCUCGGCUGCCCCCCAGACUCCUGCUUCUCGCACCACCAAUGCUCAAGAUACCCGCUCGGACGAGUACGGUCCGCUUCCCGCUGGAUGGGAGAGGAGAACAGAUCACCUCGGCCGUACAUACUACGUCGACCACAACACUCGCUCCACCACCUGGACCAGACCUUCGACUAACCCGAGCGCCAACACUGCCGCCGCCGCAAGCACGUCGGCUGCUGACCGUCAACGACACAGCAAUCGUGCUCUCGCCGAUGACUUCCUCGGUGUCAGCGAUGGCGACACCUCGCGAGCUUCAGCGACGGGAUCUGCCGUCAACAGCCCUGGCGCUGCAGCUUCAUCUGUCAACCCUCUACCCGCCAGCUCCAGCACCACCGCCGGCAACGGACCUUUGCCCGCAGGUUGGGAGCAGCGUCACACACCAGAAGGCCGUCCUUACUUUGUUGACCACAACACCCGAACCACUACCUGGGUCGACCCGCGACGACAGCAGAUCCUCCGUAUCAUGGGCCCUAACGGCAGCAACCUCACCGUUCAGCCGCAGAGUGUGUCGCAACUUGGUCCCUUGCCCAGUGGAUGGGAGAUGCGUCUCACCUCAACUGCCAGAGUUUACUUUGUCGACCACAACACCAAGACCACCACAUGGGAUGACCCUCGACUGCCCUCGAGUCUCGACCAGAACGUGCCCCAGUACAAGCGGGACUUCCGUCGUAAGCUCAUCUACUUCCGAAGUCAGCCUGCGCUCCGUCCCAUUCCCGGUCAGUGCCACAUCAAGGUUCGUCGUACGCACAUUUUUGAAGACUCCUAUGCCGAGAUCAUGCGUCAGCAGCCUAAUGAUCUCAAGAAGCGUCUCAUGAUCAAGUUCGACGGCGAAGACGGUCUCGACUAUGGUGGUCUUUCGCGAGAGUUCUUCUUUUUGCUCUCUCACGAGAUGUUCAACCCGUUCUACUGUCUCUUCGAGUACAGUGCUCAUGACAACUACACGUUGCAGAUCAACCCUCACUCGGGCAUCAAUCCCGAGCACUUGAACUACUUCAAGUUCAUUGGUCGUGUUCUUGGUCUUGCUAUCUUCCACCGACGUUUCCUCGACGCCUACUUUAUCGUCUCAUUCUACAAGAUGAUCCUCAAGAAGAAGAUCACGCUCAGCGAUCUCGAGUCGGUCGAUGCCGACUAUCACCGUUCGCUCCAAUGGAUGCUCGACAACAGCAUCGAGGGUAUUGUCGAAGAGACCUUUACCGCCGUUGAGGAUAAAUUCGGCGAGAUGGUUACUGUCGAGCUCAAGCCCGGAGGAGAGGAGAUCGAGGUGACAGACGAGAACAAGAAGGAGUAUAUUGAGCUCAUGACCGAAUGGCGUAUCUCGAAGCGUGUCGAGGAGCAGUUCAAGGCGUUUAUCUCCGGUUUCACCGAGUUGAUUCCUCAGGACUUGAUCAACGUGUUUGACGAGCGCGAAUUGGAGUUGCUCAUUGGUGGUAUGUCCGAGAUUGACGUCGAUGACUGGAAGAAGUUCACCGACUACCGUGGAUUCACGGAGCAAGAUCAGGUGGUCCAGUGGUUCUGGCAGUGCGUUCGUGCUUGGCCUACAGAGAAGAAGUCUCGUCUUUUGCAGUUUGCUACGGGUACAUCACGUAUUCCUGUCAACGGAUUCAAAGAUCUUCAGGGUUCGGAUGGUCCAAGACGCUUCACGAUCGAGAAGUCCGGAGAUGUCAACCAGCUUCCCAAGUCACAUACUUGCUUCAACCGCAUUGAUAUUCCUCCUUAUCCUUCGUUCGAGACUUUGGAAAGCAAACUCGCGUUAGCUAUUGAGGAAGGUAUGGGUUUCGGAAAUGAGUAG